AUGUCAGUGCCUAAGCAAAGGCUACUAGAGGUAGCCAGUCUAUCCUCGAAGAUUUUCAAUCAAAACUUCAAUCCCACAGCAGCAAGGAAUGGUGGUAAAAUUCUGUCUAAAAGACUCAAAGGCCCUUCGAUUGUAAACUAUUAUGGGAACCCAGAUUUCCUCAAAUUCAAGCAUUUAAAGACUCUGUACCCAGGCUUUAAAUUCGCUGACCAGAAUGAAGAUUACAGACUACUCAUGAACGAAGCCAGAAAGCGUAGAGGUAAGGGUGCACCAGCAAAGAAGAAAGAAGCGAGCAAGGAUAAGAGUAAGACGAAGAAAAGGAAGUAA